AUGCUUCCGCAACACCCCGAAUCCAUCCGCUUUGUCAUAGCCUUAGUCCUCAAUGUUUUCCUCAUGCUCAUUUUGGGUGAGAUGACACCAAAGACUUAUGCUAUUAAACAUGCGGAGUCUUUUGCGAAAAUAACGGCACCGCUGUUGUGGGUAUUUUCUGUUUUCAUCUCCCCAUUACGCGGGUUGCUGCGCAAAAUCAUUGACUUCCUCGUCCCGAUAUUUGGUGGACACCUACCGCCUACCGAACACCUCACAGCAACAGACUUUAUAGAAAUUCUCAAUACUUACCACGAAGAAGCACUCCCCUCUGAUGAACGCGAAAUUGUUAGUAAUAUCCUCCAACUGCGUGACAUCGAGGCAAGAGAGAUUAUGGUGCCGCGAACCGAAGUCGUCGCAGUCCCUACAUCAAACACGAUUCAAGCAAUCUUAAAGCAAGCAAAAGAAUCUGGGUUCUCACGGAUUCCGGUUUAUCAGGAGCAGAUUGAUAAUAUCUCUGGUAUCUUCUAUGUCAAAGAUCUCGCGUUGUGGCGACACGCGGAUGUGAAUUCGCUCACGAUUGAUGCUUUUCUCGAAAAACGGGACCGGAUUUCUGAAGAUCCGUCCAGUGCCUCCCUCAUUCGAGAACCUAUCUUCGUUCUUGAGACCCGAAUUGUUACGACCGAAGACAUCAUUGAGCAGGUCGUCGGGGAUAUCGUUGACGAACAUGACAGAGAUGACGCUCCACCCGAUUUUGUCAAACACUCUGAAGCACCCUUAUUACUUGAAACUUCCGGACGCAUGAGCAUCAGGAAACUCAAUCAGCAAUUUGAACUAAAACUCAGCGAAGAUGACGUGGACACCAUUGGUGGCUAUGUCUUUGGACUUUUCGGACGAAUUCCCUCCGUCGGUGAAUCCUAUACAGAUGAAGACGGCAUUGAAUUUGAAAUUACCGCUAUAGAAGGAAAUGUUAUCACAGAUAGCCUCGUGCUACGCUAUGCCUAUCCGUUACAGAUCUCUGAAUCGGUAUUAGCCCCUUUAAUUUACCUUGUACAAACUUUGACAAAACUCAUUGUCAGGAUUGUGGACAGAGGUGCGAGUACACCGAGUCCCGAUGCCCAACGUGAAGAGUUACGGCUACUCGCAACUAUGGGUGAACGCUCAGGCAACCUACUUACAGACCAACGCCGGAUGAUUCACAGUCUACUUAACUUGCAAGAUCGAACCGUCGAACAAGUCAUGGUACCGCUUGUCGAUAUCGUCGCAAUUGAAAGAAAUACCAACCGCGAAGACUUUUUGCAAAUCGCCACUGACGCUGGUUUUUCAAGAAUCCCCGUCUACGAAGAACAGAUUUAUAACAUCGUCGGGAUUGUCAAUCUCUUAGAUGUUAUUUACGAUGAUGUUGAUUCAGAAACCGAUUCAGAUCCAUACGAAAAAACGGACACCCCGCCUGCGACAAUUGAGCCGUUCAUCCGGACAGACUUGCACUUUGUGCCUGAAUCGAAAAAUAUUAACGCACUUCUCAAAGAGAUUCAAAAUACCCGGCACACGAUGGUAUUCGCCGUCGAUGAAUAUCGAGGCACUGUUGGACUCGUUACUGUUGAAGACCUUGUUGAAGAAAUCGUCGGCGAAUUCGCCGAUGAACGUGAUGUUCCCGACCUCAUCCGUUUAAUCGCACCUCAUAUCCUUGAAUGCGACGCGAGAACCGAAGUCGAUCUGCUUGAAGAAUACUACGGACUUCCAAUUCCGGAAGGUGACUACGAGACAGUGGCUGGCUAUAUCCUUGAUCGGACCGGGACGAUUCCAGAAACUGGCACUGAACUCAAUUUAGGCGAUGCCAUCAUCACUGUAACAGAUGCCGAUGAACGUGGUAUCCGUAAAGUUCGCAUCCGGCGAAGACUCGGACGUUUCACCUCUUAA